AUAGGCGGAAACAUUUACAAUGAAUGGUUUAUGGCCGAAGGGCUUGUUCUUGUGCUGCACAGUUCCAGGUUCUGCGUUCUAAGCUAUCAGAAGACCCUGUGGAUAAGUUGAGGGCUGCACAACGGAUACAUUGUACAGAAAGUGCAUUAAUUUAACUUGAACUCUUUCUUUGCAGUUACACUACUUACUUUCACGCUGAUGGCCAUCCUAACCAUUGGAGAGUACUGUUAUUAUCGGGACACUUGGAUCAAAUACAGUUAUCAAGUUGACACAGAUAUUUCCAGCAAACUACAAGUAAAUAUCGAUAUUACAGUGGCCAUGGAAUGUGACUAUAUUGGAGCAGAUAUCACUGAUCGGAUGGAUAUGGCCGUUAGCGAGUCUGAGGAUUUUCAUUACGAGCCGACCUAUUUUGAACUCUCAGCCGAGGACAGAGCCUGGCAGAGAACGAUGCAAAAUAUAAAUCAACGUUUGCAGAAGGAACACAGCCUCUUGGGCUCUCUCAUCAAGUCACCGUUUAACAGGACAUCUCCAACAAAACAUCCAAGAGGCGUUGGCACCGGCGAGCCUCCGGACGCCUGCAGGAUCCACGGAUCAACAGAGGUCAACAAAGCAUCGGGAAAUUUCCACAUUCUAGCCGGAAAAUCGCAGCAACUCCCAAUGGGUCACGCACAUGUGCUGGCAGUGAAGAGCCUUGAAGGUAUUUUUGCGCAAGAUGUCAUUUUUUGA